ACACAGCCCCUCCUCCUUCCACAAGCGGCUGCGGUUUGGGUUUGUCAGCACUUCCCACUUUUAGUCAUGUGACCAGUGACAUCCCAGACCUCCUUCCAGCAACUCCACUCUAGCGUCUGCCAGACAGGCGAUCAAUUGGAGAUCAGAAGAACGGAAAAAUGACAGUGAUGUGAACCCAGCCUAACUUGGUGGAAGGAAUCUGGUAGGAAAAAUGCAGGAAGGCGCUCGCAGAAAGACUCUUCACAGCGCACUUCUUGCAAUGAGUGAAAUGUUACUGGAAUGAUCUGUCGUGUGCUCCGUGUGCAGGUGGUUAUGGCGUUUACACCAACAAAAAUCUCUGUGCCCGAAUACUCCGACGUAGACAAAGACCGAUUUCUCCAGGAAAUUUAUAAGGUGAGAAAGCCGGCUGUGCUUAAAAACUUGGAUUUGGGAAUCUGUAAAACCCAAUGGACUGUGGAUUAUAUGAGCAGGAAGGGUGGAGGGCGAGAGGUGAAGAUCCAUGUGUCUGAGGUGCCCCAGAUGGAUUUCAUCCAGAAGAAUUUCACUUACAGGUCUCUGCCAUUUGAUGUAUUUGUACAUAGAGCAGCUGAAGACAGACACAAGGAGUUCUUUAUCUCGGAGGAUGAAAAAUAUUAUCUCCGAUCCUUGGGUGAAGACCCUCGCAAGGAUAUUGCAGACCUCCGUAAACAAUUUCCAGAGUUGGCAGAAGACAUUCGGAUUCCAGAAUUCUUUGAGGAAGACCAGUUCUUUUCCAGUGUGUUUCGUAUCAGCUCGCCUGGGCUACAGCUCUGGACACACUAUGAUGUCAUGGAUAACUUGCUGAUUCAGGUCACAGGAAAAAAAAGAGUGGUCCUAUACAGUCCGCGGGAUGCUCCAUAUUUAUAUUUAUCAGGUGACAAAUCUGAAGUGUUAAAUGUAGAUAAUCCAGACCUGGUCAAAUAUCCUCUUUUUGCACAAGCUAGACGAUAUGAAUGUACCUUACAGGCUGGAGAUGUGCUGUUUAUCCCAGCUCCAGCACCACUCCUAACAACACCCAGCAAGUUUAUGGCUCUUUCCAUCCCGGUAGUAACAUAAACACUCCCCUAUCACUAAUAAAAGUUUUGGAACCGCGCUGCUUUAGACUAAAUUCCCCAGUCAAUGGUGGAUGGCAUUGGGCUCCGGCCCCUUUCCUUAUCACCCCAAAAAGGUCCGGUCUUCCACAGACAGUAUCCUCUAUGGGGUUCAAGAGAAUAGGCACAAUAGUGAAGCACCCUUUAGCAAAUAAUUUUAAAACGUUUUAUUCUACUCACAAGAGUUGUUCAACAAAAGGCAUAUAACAAUAUCAUUAAGAUCGUCACGUUCCUGCCCGACCCGGGUUUCGCUGCCUCGCU